CCUACAAAAACAAUCCGGCGUUUGAUAUUUGGCCAUUUGGGUUAUGGGUUGUUUUUUUCCGGCUUAAAAAGCCAUGCUCAGAGUUCCCGCCAGUUUUCGAAACCUUAGAGCAUCCCAUUUUUCACUCUCAUCCUCUGUUUCAGGUUCUAAUUUCCACAACAAUCUCACAGAGCUCUCCGAAUGCUUGGUGGGUUUCAUGAAUUACACCAAACUGAGUGCCCCAUCUUACAAGUCACUCCUCUCCGAUCACCUCAAAAACCACAGACUAGAUGAAGCUAUCCUGGUUUUCAAUCGAAUCCCUUUUCCUGGUGUUGAUACAUACACCAAAUUGAUAACGGGGCUUUCGCGAAGGCACAGGCUUGAUGAUGCCCUGAAGCUGUUCUACGAAAUGCCUGAGAGAGAUGUGGUCUCUUGGAAUGCGAUGAUCAAAGGGUGUUUGGAUUGCGGGGAUUUGGGCAAGGCUAAGGAGCUGUUUGAUGGUAUGCCGGAAAAGAGUGUCGUAUCGUGGACGACGAUGAUGAAUGGGCACUUGCAGGUUGGUGAAGUCGAGAUGGCAGAGUGCUUGUUUCGGAAAAUGCCCGCGAGGGAUGUGGCUGCGUGGAACUCGAUGAUCCAUGGAUAUUUUAGCUAUGGAAGAGUGGGAGAUGCUAAGAAGUUGUUUGAGGUGAUGCCUGGGAAGAAUGCCAUUUCGUGGACUUCGAUGAUUGCUGGGCUUGACCAGAAUGGGAGGAGUGAGGAAGCUUUGGUUGUUUUCGGGGAGAUGGUGGCGUCUGGUGUACAACCCACUUUGACCACAUUUGGGUGUGUGGUGACAGCUUGUGCAAAUUUGGGGAGUUUAGAUUUAGGUGUUCUGGUUCAUGGUCAGAUUGUCAAGUUAGGGUACUGCUUUGAUGAGUUCUUGGCUGCUUCACUUAUAACACUUUAUGCAAACUGCAAGCAAAUUGAGAAUUCUCACAAGGUGUUCAAGGAGAGUGGGCAUAAAAAUGUGGUGGUAUGGACGGCUCUUUUAACAGGAUGUGGAUUAAAUUCUAAACACGAAGAUGCAUUAAUGGUUUUCAGGGAUAUGAUGGUCUCAGGAGUCAUCCCUAAUCAAUCUUCUUUCACUAGUGCUUUGAAUUCAUGUUUGGGAUUGGAAGAUCUGCGUAGGGGAAAGGAGAUUCAUGCCGCAACUGUUAAGCUGGGUUUUGAAACUGAUGCCUUUGUGGGUAAUUCUCUUAUUGUCUUGUAUGCCAAAUGUGGAAGUAUAAAUGAUGGAGUGGCUAUAUUUAAGAGAAUUGGUGAGAAGAACAUUGUCUCAUGGAAUUCAACCGUCAUUGGAUGCGCACAACACGGUUGUGGCAAGUGGGCUUUGGCUCUCUUCAACCAAAUGUUACGAGCAGGUGUAGACCCUGAUGAAAUUACAUUCACUGGGUUGCUCUCUGCAUGUAGCCAUUCUGGGAUGUUGCAGAAAGCAAGAGGCUUUUUCAAAGUUUUGUCUCAGACUAAAUGUAUUGAGGUCAAAAUUGAGCACUAUACAUGUAUGGUGGAUGUCUUGGGACGAUUUGGUGAAUUGGAAGAAGCGGAGGAGAUGAUUAGAAACAUGCCUGUUCAAGAAACUAAGAUGGCAUGGCUAACUUUACUUGGUGCUUGUAGGAUGCAUUCCAAUUUGGAUGUGGCUGAAAGAGCAGCAAAGAGCAUUUUUGAUAUAGAACCGAACUGUAGUGCUGCUUAUAUUUUAUUGUCCAAUAUAUAUGCUUCUGCAAAUAGAUGGAGUGACGUAAGCAGAAUUCGAGAGAGGAUGAAGUCUGGUGGAACUGUAAAACAACCCGGUUCCAGUUGGUUUACUCUGUAGGAUUAGCAAGCAAAUUUUAUCUAAAGUUACAUUUGAAGUGGCUGAGUUUCUUGUUGAUGGUACUGUAGUCAGUCUUCAGAAACAGGUUCUUUCCGCAAUCUUAAAGGAGAAUAUUUCACAGGUUUGGAAUGAGCACGAAGGAACUCUUUUCAUUAGAAAAUGCCUGUCUAAUAAAAAGGUUCUUCUCGUUGUUGAUGAUGUUGAUCGUUGUGACCAUCUCAAAACAUUGGCUGGAAAUAAAUCUUGGUUUGGUGAGGGAAGCAGAAUCAUUGUUACAACUAGAGAUGAACGUGUGCUCAUUGAGAAUGAUAUAGAAAUAUCAUUUGAGCUAGCGCGGCUGAUUGAGAGUAAAGCUCUUGAGCUCUUUUGUCAGAAUGCCUUCAAAAAAGAUCUGCCCAGAGAAGGCUUUUCAGAGCUAUCUAAGAGUUUCUUAGAUUAUGCUGAAGGGCUUCCAUUAGCUCUUAAAGUUCAGGGAGGUUUUUUGUAUAAGAGAGAUCUAGAGGCAUGGAAUAGUGCAUUGGAGUCAUUAAAGAGAAUUCCUAAUCCGACAAUAUUUGAGAAGCUCAAACUAAGUUAUGAGACGCUAAAUGAUUUGCAGAAGAACAUUUUCCUGGACAUUGCAUUCUUCUACAAGGGGGUGGAGAAGAGGCGAGUUAUUGAACUGCUAGAAUGUUAUGGAUUUAAUGUUCUUAUUGUGAUAGAUGUUCUCAUCGAGAAAUCUCUCUUAACUAUGGAGUUGUGCAACAAUGUUGGGAUGCAUGGUUUGAUACAAGAAAUGGCAUGGGAAAUUGUUCGUCAGAACUCUCGAGAAGAGCCUGGUCUUCGCAGCCCAACGUAAUGACAUCUUUCAUGUAUUCACGAGAAAAACGGUGAGAAUAACCAGUUCUAGCUUCCGAAAACGGAACAUGCAGAAAAAAUCAAUCAAAAAACUCCCAAGAACAACAUGCAAACCUAAUAAAUCCGUAAACAAACCAAAUUCUCUCCUAAUCGAAAAUAUACCUCUUCUUUAAAGUCAUGGUCGUUCUCGGCCGGCGCGGCCUCGUCAUCGGAGCCGCAAGAGUUGUCCUAGUCGUUGAUCGGCUCCUCCUCCUCGGAAUUGGAUAGGGCUUCGCCGGAAGAGACUUGGGGCUUCGUUUUGGGGGUCAGUAUACUACUGACACUCAGCAGUUCCUCUUCGUCGCCGGAGUCACCGCCUGCUUCGCUGCCUGACUUCGCCGCCAAGCUUCGCCGGAGUCCGAGAUGUCGAUUUAGUGAGGAUUUUGGAUUUAGGACGGUUUCAAUUUGAAACUGCUUUGAUUUUGGGAGAAAUAGCUCAGGUGAGUCUCAGUGGCAUCCUUCGUAAUUUUCAUAAUAUUUGAGUGUUUUUUUAUUUACAAUGGGCUAACGGGCCGUUACGAUUGUAGGCCGCACGGGUUAUUGGAUUUGUAGUUUGCUAGUGGUAAAUAUAUGUAGUUAUUUGUAGUUAUUGGUAAAAAACCCUAAUUACUAUUACUGAGCAAGUUACCAUCUGACAAAUAAUGAGGCCAAUUUUUUAAACGCAUUUUUCCUCGGGCUGCUGAUAAUCAAGAAUCACAAGGAGACGAUCAUGAAGAUAUUUGAGGAUUGGGUGAAGCCGUGAAGGUUUGAUAGCAUAGAAGCUGACUUCGAGGCCAUGCAGCUAGCCCUUAUUGGUUUGCUCUCUACUCCCGGUGUUUCUGGGUUUGGGUUUGACAGUGUACACUAAGCUUUGUUGCAUGUGGCUCUAGAUUACCUUCCGGUUUUGCAUUUACCUAUGGUUUAUUAGUUAUUAGUACGUAGUGCGGUAGUGACAUGGAAUAAUUGGUCCAUGUAUAAAUUAAACCUAUGCUCUAUUCCAUGAUGUGGUGCU